AUGGCCACCAUCACAAAAUCUAUGACUAACAUAGUUAAAUCCCUUGAAUCUUCCCCACAGAUGCAAUGUUCUAACAAGUUUCAGGGUUCUCGUCAAGAUAUAUUGAGGUAUGGGAUUUCUGGAAUUGCUCUUUCUUGUGUCUACUAUGGAAGGCAAACAGCUACAACUGUUCCAGAAUUCCCAUCUAAACUUGAUUGGUUAAACACUGCCCCUCUCCAGUUUCGCCGGGAUUUGAAAGGGAAAGGUGCAUUCUUAAAGGGUAGAGAGAUAGGUAAUCUACAGAAGAUGUCAGAGACGAUGGAUUCAUUUGAACAGCAGUUUGUUAACAUGGAGGUACAAGCUGAGUUCAUGGAGAACGCCAUGGCUGGUUCAACAUCAUUGUCUACUCCAGAAGGCGACAUCAACAACCUGAUGCAGCAGGUAGCAGAUGAUUACGGUCUUGAAGUCUCUGUUGGACUACCUCAGGCUGCUGGUCAUGCCAUUCCUACUGCGACAGGGGAGAAAGUUGAUGAGGAUGACUUGUCCAGGAGGCUUGCAGAGCUCAAGGCCAGAGGAUGA